CUAUAUAUCAAGAUCCCGCCCGCGACUCCUUCGCGCACCUCCUUCCCGGCUCGGCAAGGACACACCGCCAGUGACCUAGACAGCCCCAGGAUGAGGCGGACGCCGCUGCCCAUCCUCGUGGCCUCGCUCCUUCUGAUCUCCCAGGCGUCCCCAGGAGCGAGUGGAGCUCCGCACCUCGACGGCGGCGCAGAGAAGGGUUUGAGCCUUCGACUGCGGCUGCUGCUCCUCGGGGAGGAUCGCGCUGCUUCCCCCUGGCUUCUGCCGCCCCCGCUGCCUGCUCCUGGCCCCGACGUGGCGGCCCCUUCCGGGCGCUCCCUGCAGCUGCGCGGCCGCCUGGAGGAGCUGAGCCGGCGCCUGAAGCGCCAGGACCCGCCGCUCUCGAUAGACCUCACCUUCCACCUCCUCCGGCAGAUGAUGGAGAUCUCCCGGGCGCAGAGCCAGCAGGCGCAGGCCCAGCAGAACCGCCUCCUCUUCGAGUCGGUGGGCAAGUGAGACCGACCAGAAACCGACGUCUCCGCCCCCUCCUGACUACGGGCGCCCAGGCAGCCUCGGGAGCCUCGCUGCGAACCCUGCCCCCGGAGGAACACUCCCCACGCCAGGCAAGCCUGGGCGCCUCCCCAGCAGCAGACGGGUUCGAGGCUGGUGUGCGGAAGGACACCUCCUGUGGUGUGGGGAGGGGUCCAGGGUGGAAGGAGUGGAGGGCCCAGAGGUUGCGGAAGGGGCGUCCUGGGUUCUAAGGCGCUCUUGAGCUGCGGGGCGGGCGGGAUGGAUCGACGGGGCCCCCCUGAUCUGAGUGAGUGAAGGGAGAGCCCAAGGACCCCGCCCGGCGGAAGAGCCAACAACCCCUCACCCGACCGGCUGAACCAAUGCUGGAGUAGGACACCAUCAAGGGGACAAUAAAAGUCAUCCAUGGGCAAA